AGAGAUCCACCUAUCUGCGUACUUAUGUAACUAAUCGGUGAAAAUUCCGCACGGCGUGAAUAUGUUGACAAGACUUUUGAAUACACGUGGUGCCACCCUAACCCUAAUUUAACCUAACACAACGUCGUCGCAGUAUUUGAACCUAUUCAAUCUAUCAGUAAUGAUGUACAUUAUAAGAAAAUCUGAUAUGUUUUAAAGAUAUGUGAGUAAAAAUACGAGGAUAGUAGUGGAGAAUUUAAACUCUUCAAAAUGUCACACAGUAAAAUAUUUUCGGGAAACCGUGCGUUAGGCUAUGUCAGUAACCACAUCCCUGCAGUUACAAGGUACAUUCAAAGGAGAAAAGAAAAUUUAAUAGUAACAUGCGUUGGAAGAGCAUUCCACACUUACGGAUGUUCCCAUUUCACACUUUUGAGCGUGUCAGGUGUACAUGACGGAGAAAUAACUUGCAUGGCGGCUGAUGCCUACCACAUUUACACAGCGAGUGAAAAUAAAAUAUACGCAUGGCGUCGUGGUUCAGAACUUAAGCACACGUACAAAGGACACGAAUGUCCCGUUCAUAUAUUGCAUCCGUUUGGACCCCACCUUAUAUCGAUCGACGAGGACAGUAAUCUGAAGCUGUGGGAUAUCAAAUCUGAAGAAAAUGUUCUGGAACUGAAUUUCGCUAAUAGCAUAUUUCAGAUCACAACAAUCGUACAUCCAAGCACGUACAUAAAUAAAAUAUUACUUGGUAGUGAACAGGGACAGCUUCAGAUAUGGAAUUUGAAGAGUGCUAAAAUGAUUUACACUAUCAAGGGUUGGAGCUCACCAGUUAGCGUCUUGGAACAAGCCCCGGCAGUUGAUGUGAUAGCCAUUGGUUUGGCAAACGGUAAAAUCGUUCUGCAUAACGUAAAGUAUGACGAAACUAUUGUGGAAUUUAUCCAGGAUUGGGGACUGGUGACUUCGAUUGCCUUCAGGAGCGACGGACAUCCCAUUAUGGCUACGGGAAGUUUGGCAGGUCACGUAGUAUUCUGGAAUCUGGAACAAAGAAAGGUAGAUUGCCAAUUAUUGAAUGCUCAUUUCGGCGCAGUAACUGGUUUAAACAGCCUACCAAACGAGCCUUUAAUUGUCACCUCAUCGCCGGAUAAUUCUCUCAAACUGUGGAUAUUUGAUUUGGCUGAUGGAGGAGCUAGGCUUUUGAGAAUUCGCGAGGGUCACGCAGAGCCACCAACUUUCAUUAGAUUCCAUGGGAAUGAUGGGCACAACAUCCUGAGCGCUGGAGGAGAUUCCUCGCUCAGAAUAUUUUCCACGAUAACGGAAACAUUCAAUAAAAGCCUUGGAAGAGCAUCAUUCAACAGAAAAGCAUCUAAGAAGAAAAGCAGAGCUGUAGAAGAUCCUUUGAUCAUGCCUCCGAUCACGCUGUUCACCUCAGAAUCGACGAGGGAAAAGGAUUGGGAUAAUGUUGCAGCAUUGCACCUUGGGCUUGGUGUUGUUACGACGUGGUCUUAUGACAAAAUAAAAAUGGGAGAGCUUAAGUUAUUGCCAGAUAGAUUUCACCGUAAUCCAAGUGCCACAGCUACCAGCCUUUGCAUUACGCAUUGUGGUAAUUUCGUUAUAAUUGGGUACAGCACCGGCCAUGUAGAUAGAUUUAACAUACAGUCAGGAAUACAUAGAACCACCUAUGGUGGUGAAAAUGGAGGACACACAGCGCCAGUCAGCGGUGUUGCCGUUGAUACGUUGAAUCAAUUUGUUAUCACAGCUGGUCGUGAUGCUACAAUCAAAUUUUGGCCCUUCAAACAAACUAAAGAUUCUUCGCCGCGUACUGUGAUUGAAGUAAAAGAGCCAGUGGAAUGGCUUCGAACUCAUGCAGAGACGUCACUCAUUGCUUUAGCACUAGAGGAUCUGACUGUAAUACUUAUAGAUUUAGACACUCGACGUUUGGUUCGACAUUUUAACGGUCAUACUAGCCGCAUCACAGACGCAACAUUUAGUCCUGAUGCGCGAUGGUUGAUAACUGCUUCUAUGGACUGUACAAUUCGGACUUGGGAUAUCCCCUCUGCUCAGCUCAUAGACAUUUUUAGUGUUGAAGAAGCUUGCACAUCUUUACACUUUUCCCCAACCGGCGAAUACCUUGCUACGUCACACGUUUGUAAUCUCGGAAUUUACUUGUGGUCAAACCGAACUCUCUACUCUCAUGUAUCGUUAACAUCAAUACCAUCAGAUCUAAGUGGGCCAGUAUUGGCACUACCAGGUUCUGCUCCAGAACCGAACCAGGUGUCGGUAGAGUCUGAAGAUCAAGAUGGUGGUGAAAAUGAAGAAUUUGUUUCACCAGAACAAAUCCACACCAAGCUAAUCACCAUGUCAUCUUUACCUAACUCAAGAUGGCAAAAUUUACUAAACAUAGAUAUUGUAAAAAAAAGAAAUAAGCCGAAAGAAGCUCCAAAAGCUCCGCCAGCUGCUCCUUUUUUCCUACCUACAAUCCCGUCACUAGAAGUGCAAUUUGAUUUGGGAGAAAUAACAGACAAAGAUCAAACGAGCAAAUUAUUAGCACCGACGAAUUUUGAUAGUCUUACAGUAUUUGGCAAAUUGUUGCAACUCUCUAGUGAGACGGAUGACUUUUCUGAAGUUAUCGAAAGGUUCAAAUCUCUUGGUCCCAGCGCCAUUGAUUUUGAAGUACAAUCUUUGUCACUACACUCUGGAGGAUCGAUUGUAAUAAUGUUACAAUUUUUAAAAAUGAUAUGCUCAAUGAUGAAAAGUAAAAAGGAUUUUGAACUUGCUCAAGCAUAUCUUGGAGCAUUUUUAAAGUCACACGGUGAAACCAUAGCUGCAGAACAACAGCUGCGUGAGUAUUUGCCAAAAGUACAAAAAGCGCAAAUUGCUAGUUGGACGACCUUAAGGGAUAACUUAUUCUAUAAUCUCAGUGUCGUUCAGCAUUUGAAAAGAGUCUAAAGUAAUGAUGUACAUACAAUAUACAUAUUUUCUUUUCGUUACUGUUGAAACACCACCUCAAUGGCAGUUGCUUACAAUAAAAUACAUAAAAACUAAAA